AUGGCCAUCUUGAAAAGUGGCAACGAUGAGUACGAGGUCCGCAUCAAGAGAUACCUCGAAAAGACAUAUUUUGAUGAAUACAUCAAGACCGGAGAACGAGAAAAGAAGGCAGCCACAACGUGUAAGCGAUACAUCGUGGGUGGGGACGGGGUCAGAUACACCACCGAAGUUACCUUGAAGAGUUUCAUUUCGCCCAAGCCCAGCUCAAGGUUCCAGGUAAAAUUGACUCAGUCUGUCACAAGAAUAUACACAGACCCGCCGAUUACAAAGAUGGGAUCAAGGAAAAAAUCACAACCGGGUUGGAAUGAGAAACUUGUCAACGAGACCGACCUUAUGGGAAUCAAUCCCGAAAGUCUUGGCUUCUUUGAGAUCAGGCUGCGCAAAUUUAGGUGGGAGAAUCGGCGAUUAACAGAUAGAGAGUAUAAAAAAAAAGUGGCAGCCGCGAACGACGCAUCCAAAGUUCCACCGCCGCUAAAUUCUUCUCUAGUCGUUGGAAAUCACAAGGAGCCACGUCUCUGGGACGCUCAGAAAGUUGAUGAGGACAGUUUCAAGAAGGAUGGAAUUUAUGCGCCGCCUCUUUACCUAUACGCCUGGAAGGACCUCGACAAAAGUGAACGCCAGACUGCCCUGAAAGAACUUCAAGCAAUCAACAAGGAGCAUGUCAUAAAUGCACUAGAGGCGAAGACUGGCAAGAUUCAUGUAAAGUUUGGCAGGGGCCGGGGCAAGAAUGAGGCGAAAGAAUGGCGAGCGUGGUUCAAGAUGUCAGAAUGGGAGAAAGAAGAUGCAUUUGAAAGCCUGCGGUAUCUCAUUGUGAUCCAGAAAUCAAAGAAGUCACACGAGCGUGGAGAAGCAAUACGCCAGUAUGAAAGUCGUAGUGGGGAAAUCGUAUCUCUUGUCGAUGAGGAUGAAGAACAAUCCAAGGCAGAGAAAAAAGAGCCUUUCCGGCCCAAGACUUUUCCAGACCUCGAAUAUACAGCCGCAAGAUCCGAAGAUGGCUCCGCUGUAAAGAAGGAGAGCAAGAUCAAGCACGAGCCAGUCGAUAUCAAAAUACGCCUCGAGGAUGAUAUGAUGGUCAAGUCCUCCAAUGGAGCUACACCUGCGGGAAAUAAUAAGAACUUCCGAGCUCACGAGGAUAAUAAUAUUACCUCUGCAAACGACAAGAGCCCCGGAUUUGAAGAACAUAAAAAUAUUGCACCUGCAAGAAAUAAUGAGGUAGAAGAUGAUGAGUUAGAGAGAAAGAUGGCAAAGGCAAGAGCAUUAGAAGAGGAGAUUGAGAUGGAGGAAAGACUUGCAAAGCUGAAGCGUGAACGACGUGCAUUGCAAGACCAGAUCGAGGACGCCAAAAGAAAGAAACAGAAGCAUGGUGAGGAAUGACUUGUUGUGACUCGUGGAUUCUGAGAGAGUCCUUCACGUGGAGCUGCAGUUCUUAGCACAUGGCAAUUCAUUUGGGAAAUAGACCACUUUUCCAUUAUUUGGCGGACAUUCUACGGGAAUUUUG